AUGAGCGCUCGCGCAUCUUGCUUCACUCACUCUCAUCUUCCGCCGGCCUGUCGCAGCCUGUGCCCUCUGUUCCCUUCACUCCUGCUCCGAUCCGGCCGGUGUUUCCGCCCACUUUUCCCUCGGCUCAGACCCCUUCACCGCUGCCUGGGACCCUCUUGCCGCUCUCACCGUCCCUCCGACCCUACCAACCAACUGACGAUUGACAAGCGUCAACUGUCGACUCUCGACUGCCAACUUUUGACUGCAAUCUCGUCCUGGCAGCAUUCACUUUUAUGCCGCGGUCGGCUUAUCUCGUCACUUUUCCCGCACAAAAGCACCGUCUACGCACCGUCUUGUCGACCGGCUCGUCGCCGGCAAGCCUCGCCGUCCGCCGCCUCGCCGAUGCCUCUGGCAGCACCCUUCGCCUCGCCCACCGCCUCCUCCUUAGCCCGCAUCCACACCCGGCCCUCGCCGUGA